CGCCGGGUCAGCCCCGAAGAGUUGCCCGGUGGCCGCGGCAGACGGAAGCCGAGCGAGAGCCCCGGCGGCUGCAGGAUGGGCGACUCCAAAGUGAAAGUGGCGGUGCGGGUCCGGCCCAUGAACCGAAGAGAAAUUGAUUUGCAUACCAAAUGUGUGGUGGAUGUUGAUGCAAACAAGGUUAUUCUUAAUCCUGUGAAUACGAAUCUUUCCAAAGGAGAUGCCCGGAGCCAGCCAAAGGUGUUUGCUUACGAUCAUUGUUUCUGGUCCAUGGAUGAAUCUGUCCAAGAAAAGUAUGCAGGUCAAGAUGAUGUUUUCAAGUGCCUUGGAGAAAAUAUCCUUCAGAAUGCUUUUGAUGGCUAUAAUGCAUGCAUCUUUGCCUAUGGACAGACAGGGUCUGGAAAAUCUUACACGAUGAUGGGCACAGUGGACCAACCUGGAUUAAUUCCAAGACUCUGCAGUGGACUCUUUGAACGAACCCAGAAAGAGGAAAACGAGGAGCAGAGUUUUAAAGUAGAAGUGUCCUACAUGGAAAUUUAUAAUGAAAAAGUCCGAGACCUUCUUGAUCCCAAAGGAAGUCGUCAAACCUUGAAAGUCAGAGAACAUAGUGUGUUGGGACCCUAUGUGGAUGGACUUUCUAAACUGGCUGUAACAAGCUAUAAGGAUAUUGAGUCUUUGAUGUCGGAGGGAAACAAAUCUCGGACAGUUGCUGCAACCAACAUGAAUGAGGAGAGUAGUCGAUCCCAUGCGGUCUUCAAAAUCACCCUCACUCAUACUCUCUAUGAUGUGAAGUCUGGGACAUCUGGUGAGAAAGUGGGCAAACUGAGCUUGGUUGAUUUAGCUGGCAGUGAACGAGCCACGAAAACUGGAGCUGCGGGCGACAGGCUGAAGGAGGGCAGCAACAUUAACAAGUCCCUCACAACUCUUGGUCUGGUCAUCUCAGCCCUAGCAGAUCAGGGUGCUGGCAAAAACAAAAAUAAAUUUGUUCCAUAUCGGGACUCGGUUCUUACAUGGCUGCUCAAAGACAGCCUGGGGGGUAACAGCAAGACAGCCAUGGUGGCUACCGUGAGUCCAGCAGCUGACAACUAUGACGAAACCCUAUCAACUUUGAGGUAUGCCGAUCGAGCCAAGCACAUUGUCAAUCAUGCUGUAGUGAACGAGGAUCCCAAUGCCCGGAUCAUCCGAGAUCUCCGGGAAGAGGUUGAGAAGCUCCGCGAGCAGCUGACCAAGGCAGAGGCAAUGAAAUCUCCAGAGCUGAAAGAUCGACUGGAAGAAUCAGAGAAGCUAAUCCAGGAAAUGACAGUGACCUGGGAGGAGAAAUUGAGGAAAACCGAGGAGAUUGCACAGGAGCGACAGAAACAGCUGGAGAGCCUUGGAAUCUCUCUUCAGUCUUCAGGAAUCAAGGUUGGGGAUGACAAGUGUUUCCUUGUUAAUCUGAAUGCUGAUCCUGCUCUGAAUGAACUCCUGGUGUACUAUCUAAAGGAACAUACAUUGAUAGGGUCAGCAAAUUCCCAGGAUAUCCAACUGUGUGGAAUGGGAAUUCUUCCUGAACACUGCAUUAUAGACAUCACAUCAGAAGGCCAGGUUGUGCUGACUCCUCACAAGAACACCAGAACAUUUGUAAAUGGGUCCUCUGUCUCCAGUCCAGUACAGCUGCACCAUGGGGACAGGAUAUUAUGGGGAAACAACCAUUUCUUCAGACUCAAUUUGCCUAAAAAGAAAAAGAAAACAGAACGAGAAGAAGAAGAGCAGGACAUGUCCCUGAGGAAUGAUAACAGUUCUGAGCAGCUAGACGCAGAUGGGGACUCUUCCAGUGAGGUGUCCAGUGAGAUUAACUUCAAUUUUGAGUAUGCACAGAUGGAGGUGACCAUGAAGGCCCUAGGCAGUAAUGAUCCAAUGCAGUCAAUAUUGAAUAGCCUGGAACAGCAGCACGAAGAAGAGAAACGCUCUGCACUAGAACGGCAGAGGCUCAUGUACGAGCACGAGCUGGAGCAGCUCCGAAGAAGGCUGUCUCCUGAGAAACAGAGCUGUCGCACUGGGGACCGGCUCUCUUUCCACUCACCCAGCGCCCAGCAGCGCCUGAGGCAGUGGGCGGAGGAGAGAGAAGCAACAUUGAAUAACAGCCUGAUGAGGCUGAGGGAACAAAUUGUUAAAGCCAAUCUGUUGGUGAGAGAAGCUAGUUACAUUGCAGAGGAGCUGGAUAAAAGAACCGAAUACAAAGUGACCCUGCAGAUUCCUGCCUCCAGCCUGGAUGCCAAUAGGAAGCGAGGCUCUCUUCUCAGUGAGCCUGCAAUCCAAGUUAGACGAAGAGGAAAAGGAAAGCAGAUUUGGUCUUUGGAAAAACUGGACAACAGGCUGCUGGAUAUGAGAGAUCUUUAUCAGGAAUGGAAAGAGUGUGAAGAGGAUACCCCGGUGAUCCGAUCAUACUUCAAGCGUGCUGACCCAUUCUAUGACGAGCAGGAAAAUCACAGUCUCAUUGGGGUGGCCAAUGUCUUCCUGGAGUCUCUGUUCUAUGAUGUGAAGUUACAGUAUGCUGUCCCGAUUGUCAAUCAGAAUGGAGAGGUGGCUGGUCGGCUACAUGUAGAGGUGAUGCGAAUCAGUGGUGCCAUUGGGGAAAGAAUUGCGGGAGGUGAUGAAGCUGUGGAGGGCUCCUUAGAGAAGGAGGCCCAGGAGAGCAGACUGGUGUGCAUGCUAAUGCUGUUGCAGGCCACAGGGCUGCCCCAGCAUUUGGCCCACUUUGUGUUCUGCAAAUAUGACUUCUGGGAUCAGCAGGAGCCGGUGAUAGUUGUGCCUGAGGUGGAUACCUCCUCUUCCCCUGUCAGCAAAGAGCCCCAGUGCAUGGUUGUCUUUGAUCAUUGCAGCGAGUUUUCUGUUAACAUCACAGAAGACUUCAUUGAGCAUCUUUCUGAAGGGGCCUUGGCAAUUGAAGUAUAUGGACAUAAAAUGAAUGACCCUCGGAAAAACCCAGCCUUGUGGGAUUUGGGAAUCAUCCAGGCAAAAACACGAAGUCUUCGGGACAGGUGGAGUGAAGUCACCAGGAAAUUAGAAUUCUGGGUUCAGAUCUUGGAACAGAAUGAGAAUGGUGAAUACUGCCCUGUUGAAGUGAUUCCUGCCAAGGAUGUCCCGACAGGAGGGGUCUUCCAACUCCGGCAGGGGCAGUCCCGGCGAGUUCAAGUUGAAGUGAAGUCUGUGCAGGAAUCUGGGACUUUACCGUUGAUGGAAGAAUGUAUAUUGUCAGUCGGCAUUGGAUGUGUCAAAGUCAGACCACUCAGGUCCCCCAAAACUCUUGAGGCCUUCCAUGAGGAAGAGGAGGACAUGGACAGCUACCAGGAUCGGGAUUUAGAGCGACUACGUAGAAAAUGGCUGAAUGUGUUAACAAAGCGUCAAGAGUACUUGGAUCAACAGCUACAAAAGCUCGUCAGCAAACCUGAUAAAACAGAGGAUGAUGCUGACCGUGAGGCACAACUCCUAGAGAUGCGGUUGACUCUAACCGAAGAAAGGAAUGCUGUGAUGGUCCCCUCUGCUGGCAGUGGCAUUCCAGGGGCUCCGGCAGAGUGGACGCCAGUGCCUGGGAUGGAAGGCCACAUUCCUGUUAUAUUCCUUGACCUAAAUGCUGAUGAUUUCAGCUCUCAGGACAACCUUGAUGACCCAGAAGCUGGAGGAUGGGAUGCUACCCUGACUGGGGAAGAGGAGGAAGAGUUCUUUGAACUCCAGAUUGUGAAACAACAUGAUGGAGAGGUGAAAGCAGAGGCCUCGUGGGACUCCGCAGUGCACAGCUGUGCCCAGCUCAGCAAGGGCACGCCUGCAGACGAGCGUGUGUUCCUGAUUGUGCGAGUGACAGUCCAGCUUAGCCAUCCUGCUGACAUGCAGCUGGUCCUACGCAAAAGGAUUUGUGUCCACGUUCAUGGCCGGCAGGGUUUUGCUCAAAGUCUCCUAAAAAAGAUGUCUCAUCGAAGCUCUAUUCCUGGAUGUGGAGUGACCUUUGAAAUUGUCUCCAAUAUUCCAGAGGAGGCCCAGGGCGUGGAGGAGCGAGAAGCCUUAGCAAGGAUGGCAGCCAACGUGGAGAACCCAGCUUCCGCUGACUCAGAGGCAUAUAUCGAAAAGUACCUGCGGAGUGUGCUGGCCGUAGAGAACCUGCUGACUCUGGAUCGCCUGCGCCAGGAAGUGGCAGUGAAGGAGCAGCUGACGGGGAAAGGCAAGCUGAACAGGAGGAGUAUUAGCUCUCCCAAUGUGAACAGAUUGUCUGGAAGCCGGCAAGACCUCAUCCCAUCGUUCAGUCUGGGCAGCAACAAGGGCCGGUGGGAAAGUCAACAGGAUGUAUCCCAAACAACAGUUUCCAGAGGAAUAGCUCCAGUCCCUCCCACCCUCUCUGCUUGUCCCCAAAAUAACCACUCGCCAGAUCCAGGGCUUGGUAGCCUAGCAGCCUCCUACUUGAAUCCAGUAAAAUCCCUGGUGCCACAGAUGCCAAAGCUGCUGAAGUCCCUUUUUCCUGUCCGCGAUGACAGAAGGGGCAAACAGCCAUCUCCUCUUGCACAUCAGCCAGCGCCCCGGAUCCUGGUGCAGUCAGCCUUCCCCAGUGCCCGGGAGACCAGAACAGAGCAGGUCCAGCAAGGGAUCCUUGGGCCUGGUGUGGCCUCUGAGACUGGGGCACAGAUGGCAGCUCCUGGGGUGAAGAUCUCUGAGAAACCAGCCAACGUGCCUUCCCCACCUCCUGCUGCUAUGGCCACCCAGGCUCCAGAAGGGCAGGAUGGCCCCCCUAGCCCCCUGAGCGAGGCCUCCAGCGGCUACUUCUCUCACAGCGUCUCCACUGCCACCCUCUCCGAUGCGCUCAGCCUCGGCCUGGAUGCUGCUGUCCCUGCUGGCCAGGCUGCCCUGGAGACCGGGCCGGCCUCUCCCUCCUGUGCACAGAGCCACCCACCAGGCUGUGAGGAGCCCACUGCCCAGCCUCCUCCUGCUGCCUCCAGCAGGGACCCUGAGGCCUCCAGGGCCCCAUUGCUCCCUGACGCCCCAUUGUUGGCACCUGCGUCCCCAUUCAGGAUCCAGAAGGUGCGGACCUCAGAGCUGAAGUCAUUCACGUGCAUGCUGGGCGGUGGCUCUGGGAUCGAGGAGGACCUGCUGGCCUCAGGAGGGUGUGGUGACACUGGGGGGCAGGCCCUGGGGACUCCAGAAGUGGCCUCUGACUCUGAGGAAACCAACGAGGUCCCCGAGUGGCUCAAAGAGGGGGAGUACGUUGCCGUGGGCACCAAUAAGACCGGUGUCGUUAGGUACAUCGGGCCUGCGGACUUCCAGGAGGGGACGUGGAUCGGUGUGGAGCUGGACCUGCCUUCAGGAAAGAAUGACGGCUCCAUUGGUGGGAAGCAGUACUUCAAGUGCAACCCCGGCUACGGGCUGCUAGUGAGGCCCGGCCGGGUGCGCAGGGCCGCAGGUGCUGGGCGGAGGCGCAGCACAGGGCUCCGGCCACAGGGCGCCUCUGAGACCCGCCGGAGUGCCACCCUCUCGGGCUCUGCCAGCAAUUUGGCCUCACUGACAGCUGCUCUGGCCAAGUCCGACAGGAGCCCCAAGAACCCUGAGAACCGGAAGUCCUGGGCCAGCUGAGCCGUGGCUGCCCCAGGCAGAUGCCACAGGGAGCUGGGUCCUGGCAUCCUCCCUGGUGCCUGGGGACCCCUCCCCUGAAGCAGGCUGAUGAACGCUCUUUGCACGAUGCAGGGCUGGUGACUGCCCAGUUCCCUGUCCUCCUUGGGACCCUGGAAGCUUGAUUUCUUCCUCUACUCGGUAACCGAGGAGACCCCUCAGCUGUGCCUCCUCAGGUGGUGGAUGGGAAGUUCUGGGGGCCCAGGGGGGUUGUGGAACAGUGGGCGGAGGCCCGGAGUGGCUCCUCCUCGGCCAGGCCUUCCCCAUCUGCCCGUCGGGGUCCCAGCAGGGUCUGUGUGCCUCUCUUCCCAUCUCUUCUGGUGACCCCAUUAAAUGUCUUAAUUUAAAGAGACCCUGCCCAGUGCCUGCAGGGCUUCUGCCUCUGCCUGGGGGCCGGCGCCCACCCCCCAGCCUUCGUGGGCCUGACUCUCUCCGUGUCCCUGGCUCUCCCCGUGUCCCUGCCCCUCACCACGUGACAAGCUCCCUUCAGUGCUCCUGGCGGGUGGUGGGCAGAGGGUCUCCUGCAGGUGUCUGUGGGUGCACUGGCGUCUUUAUACCUGGAAGGUCUUUUCUGAUUGCCGUUUAUUCUCUUAACAGGAUGCUUGGAAUAUAUUUAUUUAUAUUUAUUUUUAAAAUCUGAAAUCAUUGCGAGCCUCAAUCAUCUGCUGGGGUGCAGAGCUGGGGCCUGCCCUGCAUGCACUGGCCUCUGGCCCCGUGCACAUGCGUUCGCUGCACACACAGUGGCCUUGCUGCAAGAGGAAAGCAGGCACGGGCGAGCAGGGUGCUUCUGCAGGGAGCGCACGCAGAGGCAUCUGGGAAGGCCUCAGACCAUUUUAACCUUCUGGCGGUUCCUCCACCUGGCUGGCAGGUGGCCUGUGCAGGGAGAGUGACCUUGGGCACAGUCAUGUGGCAGGCCCAGCCCCCCCGCAGUGCUUGUCCCGCCCCCUGCCAAUGCUUCUGAUCCCGGGGCCUUUGGUGUCAGCUGCUUUGAGUGGGGUCAGCAUGUGUGUGCAGGGCUGGGCCAGGCCUGGUCAAGGGUGGGCAGAGGACACCCCAGAUCCUCUCGUGCCCACAGCCCCAACUUGCCUGCUGACCCCAGCUCAGGACAGAUUCUGCACUUGGUUCUUACGAUUAAGCUCUUGAAAACACCAUCAGGAAGUUUCUGAUGAGGAACCUGGUUCUCGAGGUGUGAAUUCCCUUACGAGAAGUAGGGUUAGACCCUGCCUCUGGAUGCCUACCUGUCCCCCUGCAGCCUCUGGCCGGCAUGGCCAGCACCUGGCACCAGAGGAUGGCCAGUGACAGCAUAAGGACAGGACAUUCUGGCAGGGCUCAGCAUCCAGCCUGGGAACAUCUUCAUGAUCUUCCCAUUAGCAGCAGGUACCAUGAGGGGUCAGGGCUGGCCCAGGCCCUGCUGAGGGACCCUGGCUCCGUCCCGUUCUGGGACAGCGUGACUGUUGGAGGGGGCUCCAUCUGGAGGCAGGCACUGGUCGGCAGCCCUCCUGUCCUCAGCUGGCAUUUGGGGACACCUGUGGGCUGUGGGUUCUGCUGGGCAGGUUUGUUUUCCCUCCUGCCCAGCACCGUUCUUCUGGAGUCUGGUUGGGUGGGAGCCAGCGUUCCCGGUGUGGCUGCUGGGCAGGGACCAGCGUGUCAUUUCUCAGAAGGGGGCAAGGCCUCCCAGCACCUCCCCAGAGGGCGCAGGAGCCCGCAGUCAUUGGGAUGGUGUGGGACCCCAUGCUGUUGAUCACUCUGGGCUAUUGGAGGUGGAAUAGGACAAAAAGGGAUUGUCGACUUGAACAGCUUGUGGGCCAGAGCGCAGGAGCAGUGGGAGCCUGGAUUUGCGUGGCUCAGGCCCGUUGUCCUUGUCCUGAGGGCCCUGGGACACCUUCUCUCGUCCAGGCCACCCUUCUUCCCAGCUCCCAGGGCCACCAUUUCCUUGGGUCUUGGGGGUACCCCGACCUGGUGCCAAGAGCCCCCGAGCCCAGGGUGCUGACUGAAACCUCGCUUGCAGCACAGGCCUGUGAAGUGUAGAAAUGUCCUCAUCUCUCACGGAAAGAGCUCUGCCGCUCUCGUCUUCACUGGCGUUUUCUUCCGGAGGUGCGUGGGGUCUGUGCUGGCAGCGUGUGAGGAGUUUGUCCUGUUGGUGUUCUUGGGUAGCUGUGUCUGCAGCUGGGGGGACGGCUGGGCCUGUCUGUUGCCCCUGCAAGGACAGCACAGCUGAAGGGGAGGCUGGCAGACAGAGCCCCGCUGGCCUUGCAUGCCUGCUUGCCCCUUGGUGCUUCUUGCACCCAACCUGUGAGUCCCCCUGGCGCGAGGGAGCACUGAACUGCUGCCCCCUGCUGGACACUCUCAGUGGUCCUGCUGCCCUUGGCUCCCUGGGCAGCCUUCCUCCCUGCUGGGCAGCAGAGGCGCUGGGGUCAGACCCACUCUUGUUUGGCUUUCUUUCCUCUUGCUCUUUGACACAGAUUAACACUAACUUGUGGCUGGAGGAACAGGUGUGCAUUAGAGAUGGUCACCAAAGUGCUGGCAGUGCAGGGACAGGGAGGGUGUGUAACCGGGUUCCCAGGAGCCCAGGCCUGGGCAGGGUUGGGUGGGGCUGUUUCUGGUCCUGUCUGCUCAGUGACAGUGGAGCCAUGAACGUGGCCACAGAGAAGCUGGAGAGGCCUGGAGCUGUCUGCCUUCUCUCCUGGCAGGAAUGCUGCCUGCCUGUGAAACAGGAGGCUCUGCGUUCGCGUUUCCCUUGCUUGGGCGUCCUGUCUGCCGAGGUGUAGCGUGUGGAUGGUGUUUUGAUGCUUCUGGUGCCAUCAGCCCCAGGCCACCUCAGACAGGAGGCACUGAGGUGGCGGGGCCAUCUGUAGUGCCUUUCCCUGGGGUGCCACCCCAAGGUGGCUGUACCCAAAGCGUCUUUCUCUCUGAGAGGCCCUGGUGUCCUCCUGGUGAGCUGCACACGCUGGUGGUGUUGGGAGUCGGAGAACAGCUUCUCUGUGUAGAUUUUGUAAAUAUCUUGAGUUCACACACAGAGAAGUGAUUUGAUUUGGGGAUUAUAGUGAUUUGGCACACAUUAAGUGGAAGUUAAAAAAAUCCAAAGACUCUAAUGAAUUGUAAAGAUUUUAACGAUUCCUAUUGUGUGUGAACUAAACUACUGUAAUUUUGUACCAUAUAUGCCUUCCCAUCAAAUGACCAGCAGCUUCUGAAUAAAGCCGGAUGAUUUCUUGCCUA